CUGAUUACAAACCUCUCUUUCAAUCAAGAACUAAUCAACUGCCUCAUCCAGAUAUUUUCCUCCCGGCAUUUUGUUGGUGUAACUUAAUGACGCCGCUGCCGCUGCGGUCGCCGCCUCUGCCGCCACUGUCUCAUGAAAGCUGCUACAUCGUCCCACGGUAAAUUUCCCUCCGCAUCGCUCCUCCACCGCUCCCCAUCUCCCCAUGGCGGAGCGGGCCACCGUCCCCCCUGCUGAUAUUCCCUACGAUCCCGACCCUGACUGCGCCUCAGGCCCAGAUUCCGCCUUUGGCCCACCUCCUGAGCCCGCCCACGAAGUUGCAGCCCAUGGCUCCUUCCCCUCCGGCACGUACGUCGUCCAGGUCCCCAAGGACCAGAUUUACCGGAUCCCGCCGUCCUAUAAUGCACGCAUUGCCGAACUGCACAAGAAGCGCCCGCCUUCAAACAGCAAGAGGUCGGGCUGCUGCAAGUGCUUCCUCUGCCUCUUCCUGGUCAUCGUCAUCGUCCUGAUCGCGAUGGGCAUCAUUAUCGGCAUCUCCACACUUUUUGCCAAGCCCAAGAACCCGGUUUUCCAAGUGGAUCGCCUGGUUUUCAGGAACUCGACAGGAUCGCGUGAAUACGACCUCAAGUUAGACGCGCAUAACCCGAAUUCCCGAACUGGGAUUUUGUACAAAGAAGGGGGUGUAGCCUCAUUACAUUUCAAGAACAAUGAUAUAGCUGAUGGAAAAUACCCAUCCCUACACCAGGGGAAGAAGAACACAGCUGCUGUCCUAAUGGUGCUUAAAGGAUCAAACUCACGGCUGCCUGAAGAAAUUAAGGAAAGCUUCAAGAGUGGGAACACAAAGGUUCAUGUCUCAUUUCUGCUGAACAUUAGUGUCCCCGCCAGGAUGAAAUUUGGGUUUUUUAGCGAGCGGACUUCGGACGUCGCCGUUACCUGCAAGUUUACAGUAGAUACAUUAGCACGAGGCAGUCGAGUACUUUCCCAGAGCUGCCACACAACCCGGCAUCGCCACUGAAAAUUGUAUCAUAGGACACAAACAUGUUGAAUUAAAGUUUAAGUUUAAGGAUCUGAUGGGGCCUGAUAGACUGUAUUGGAAUUGUAUAGCAUGUCCAAUAACGUAACUUCUCUAAUUUCUACGAUCUUUUGUCCCGGAUUCCACUAAUUAUAUGGCGGCGUUCUUUAGCCGACUUUCGCGAGCUCUUAAAGCCGAAUUUUGUAGGUUCUAGCUUCUUCUUUAUGACAUUGUACACAACUAUAUUCAUUCAGAUCAAGCUGUACAUUUAA